AAGCAAUUUCGGUGCCUAUCGGUCGUUGUACUUUGCAAAAGUUUACACUAGCCUCUGCCAGGCAAUGCGCUUGAUUGUUGACGUGGUAUCGCUGAUGGCCUAGAGUAGAGCAACAGCUUCUCCUCAGAAGAGGGCGCCAGAAAUUCGGACCAAAUCGUAGCAAACAGAUGCCAGCAUACAAAGUGCGGUUUGCCAGACUACAGAACUUAGGCCAAGGAUUCAGUUUAGCUUUGGCGAUAACUUACAUAAUCAGCGAGACUGUGUCCGGAAUCCUGUGGGAUUCCCUUGCAGUACGGUACCUUUUCUAAAGCGAUUGGAGUACAGCUGGCAGCUUAAGAGCUGCCAUCUAGGACAAAAAGGAAGGCAGUAGCAGCCUGAGGGCGGCAAGACAAUUCAUUACGUUCUAGAUCGCGUUCAAAUCUGCAUCAGUGAGAAAUGCUACGAUGUCCGUGUGUCCAGCAGCGGUGCGAUCAGUUGCCUUUAUUAGUGACGGCUCUGUGUCGGUGGAAUUUUUUUUACCAUUUCUGUGCCGUUUAAUCCCUAAGCUGACGUGUGUUAAAGGUAAAUUAUUGAUUUCCUAUCGUGCGCGUUGAAGAAAAGUGUGUUGGAGAAAAAAGGCAGCACGCGUUAGCUGAAGGUGGCCUGGUUCCAUACAUCUGUGUGGUGAAAAGUGCACGAGUUUUCCCAACCCGCAGUAGCGUGUCCCUGGGGUGGGACCGAAUGAUGCAUCUGACGCCAGUGCAAAGUGUUGUGAAUGAGAAGGAAAUUUUGUGAAUAACGUAAGUUUGUUUUUCACGUUGCUGCUCAAUGAAGCAUCAAUCGGAGUCGGUCGUAUUGCGAAAAAACGUAUCAUUCGCGAAAAUCGAUCAAUAGUGCCACUGUGGAGUGGCUUCACACCCCGUUGUUCGGUUAGCGAGAUUCGACGAGCCCAAAUUUCCUCCCAGCAAUUCGUGUACCGAAGUGAGCGUGGCACGUUGUUGAUUCCCAGUUCGGGACGCCCACAUUCUUGUGGAUAGAUUCAAGAACAUACUCCGCUGUAGCCCAAUGUCGCCGCACGACGGAUAGAAGAACCCGGUCUCUUUAGGCCACAACGCGGGGAGGAUAUCCAAUCCCCGCUCCUUUCUUCGGAAUAUCGGCACACUUUCCCGCGCGGCCAUUCGGUGGUGUGCGAAACGGCUGUGAAUCGGCAGCUCCACGCCCCGAAAAGGAGUAGAAAAGGGAGAACGUAACGGCCAACCGAAAGCAUGCAGCGUACGUUUGGGAUAUCGGCCGCCAGCCGGGCUGGUGUGUACGACGGCAAGAUCGCGGGCCUGUAUGACCUGGAGGAAACGCUCGGUUCGGGCCAUUUCGCCGUGGUAAAGCUGGCCCGGCACGUGUUCACCGGCGAGAAGGUGGCGGUGAAGGUGAUCGAGAAGACCAAGCUGGACGAUAUCUCCCGGGCACAUCUGUUCCAGGAAGUGCGAUGCAUGAAGCUUGUCCAACAUCCCAAUGUGGUGCGGUUGUACGAGGUCAUCGACACCCAGACGAAGCUGUAUCUCAUCCUGGAGCUGGGGGAUGGCGGCGAUCUCUACGACUACAUCAUGCGCCACGAGACGGGCCUCUCGGAGAGUUUGGCCCGCGAGUACUUCCGACAGAUCGUGCGCGCUAUAUCCUACUGUCAUCAGCUGCACGUGGUGCAUCGAGAUCUAAAGCCGGAGAAUGUGGUGUUUUUCGAGAAGCUCGGUGUGGUGAAGCUGACCGACUUUGGCUUCAGCAAUAAGUUCUGCCCGGGCCAGAAGCUGGAGACAUCCUGCGGCAGUUUGGCAUACUCGGCGCCGGAAAUCCUGCUCGGCGAUUCGUACGAUGCACCAGCAGUCGACGUUUGGUCGCUGGGAGUGAUACUGUUCAUGCUGGUCUGCGGACACCCACCGUUUCAAGAGGCGAACGACUCCGAGACACUGACAAUGAUCAUGGACUGCAAGUACACCAUGCCGAGCCACGUAUCGGACGGCUGCCGAAAUCUCAUCAGCCGGAUGUUGGUGCGUGAACCGGAAAAGCGAGCCACACUGCACCAGAUCGCUCAGGACGAGUGGUUGAUGGAGGGUAGCGGCGAGGAAACGCCGGAGAAUCAACCACUGGUCAGCCGGGAGCAGGUUAGCGAGGAGGAUCAUUCGUUGAUCAUACAGAAGAUGAUCAACGGUAAAAUAGCUACCAAAGAGGAAAUUUUAGAGGCUUUAGAUCGUAACGAGUACAAUCACAUCACGGCAACCUACUUUUUGCUCGCGGAGCGCAAAUUGAGGGCCCAUCGGCAGGAGGAAGCGCAAAAACGGAAACCGGAGCUCACGUUACCGGUUUCCAAUUCGUCACGGCUGCUGCAAAACCAUAAGAAAAACGAGGCAGAUGAAGAGGAGGAGGAGGACACGCCGGGUGGGUUGCUAACCACGAGACUGGGCAUGCACUUGAGCGUCCCCAGGACACCGGGAACUGAAACGGGUCAGACGGGUCGAAGUCGGAAGUGUAGUAUCGUGCAGGAGGAGGAAGAUGAUGAAGACGACGUUCACUGUGCUGGUCACGAGGAACUGUCGACGCCUCUGAACCGGAGGGGAUCGCGAUCGGAGGGGCGGAUCAAUGUGACAGUGCAGGAUCGAAUAGCGGAGUCGGAGCGGCUCAAACAGGACGCCAAAAAAUACCAACAACCGGAACGGGCAGCUACGAUGGACGAAACUGAUUGCUGUACCGGUUUGACCAACCAACAGAUGUCACCUUUGCUCGGUGGAAUCGGAAACGUGACGCUAGUUACGAGCGAAAACAGCAGCACGAAGGAUCGGCUAGGGAUUGCGGGCGGUGGCCUUCACCGCAAACCAAUGCCGGAACUAAAGCGGAACGUGGCCGGAAGUGUAGACUCAAAGAAGCCAUCCGUCCUGAAGCCGUCGCUAGUGAAAAUCGUGGACGGUGUUAGCGUGCGUUCGGGCUCGUUCGACCAGUGUAUGCGCGGAGCGAGCGGUGUUGGCGGUGGUGAGCUGGUCACGACGAAAAUUAUCACCGACAGCUCGACGAUCACGAUCCCGAUACCGACGCUAAACAUUGUGACCACGUCCACGAUACCGAAGUACAAGACGAUGCCCUCACCGACGCGCUCGAACGCGAUACUUACCGCGACGACGAACUGUCUGAACGAAAUCUUCGAAGAGGGCACGGACGUGGGCAGCUCGGACUCGAACACCACCACGCCGCGGCCCGUAGUACGCAGCCAGUUCGCAGCGGCCCGACAGCAGAGCCAACCAACGGGUAACGGUACCGGUGCGGGGGGUACGGGUAACAACGCACACCGGCGCAGCAAGUUCAACAAGUCGCGUACGGCGUCGUGCAGCAGUUCGGACGCGUCGGAUGACGAUUCGGAGAACCGAAAAAAGCGGGCACACAAAAUAGUGGACGCAACGGUUAAGCCGCUCACGCAACGCCGGGACUCGCACGAUGAUUCCAGCGAUUCGCAAGACCCGGGCUGCAAUGCGGCCGCCGCAGGUGGUGCGGGAAAGGCACAGAUUAAGGGCAUCUCGACGACGACCAAUGGGCAAGGAGGUGGUGGUGGGAGUGGCGGUAGUGGUGGUGGUGGAGGAGGUGGAUCGGCAGAUGACAAGCACGGCUCGACGGGUGGCAACCGACAGAAACCGACGUCCCAACAGGUCGAUUUCCGACGGCAUCGUGGUCGAAGGAGACCGGUCGAGACGCGCCUUAGGGAAAGCCAAUCGCUUAAUCGCAUCACGGAAGUGCAGGAGUCGGAGGUUGGUGGCCAUUCUGUUACGCAGCAGCUGGCGAGCUGCACCGUUACGGCUACUCCGGUAGUGGCGAUGGUAACGUCAGGUACGGUCGCCGGAAAGCGCGAAUCCCCAGAACCGAUAGUGGUGAAAAUGCAAGCAUCUUGUGAUAACGCUGUAGAGCACGAUGCGGUCAAUCAUACACAGGAGGAGUUUCACUCGUGCAAGGUGAAUCCAGCAUCCGAAAGUGGUGCGCAUCAAGUGCUCCCGGUUUCGAAAGGUUCCACGUCGACGCGUCAGAACCACCACCAUCAUCAUCAUAAUCAUGCGCCGUCCAAAUCGAAAGGGCUUAGUGCACGAAUUUUCCAGACGUUUAAAAAGCAACCCGCUGCAGCAGCUUCCACGACAACAACGACGACCACGGCGGGCCCGGGGCCAGUAAGUACCGUCCCGGGUGAUCCCUGUUCGACGGCGGCUGCUGGCGAUGAUAUAGAGAUAGUGGUCGAGCUCGCCAAAGCCCUGAACAGUGCAUCUGCCGAGGGCGGUAAGAGCAACACGAAGAAGAUCAAAAUUCUCGGACGCUAUUUUCAGGUGCACAAGAAAAUUUACGUUCCCCUGUCCGGUCUGUUCCAGCGGGGCCGACUGUACAAGGCACAGUCGUGCGGGUCGAUCGUACGCGAUAAAGUGAACGUGAACCCGAACGGCAGCGGAUCGCACGCCAACACGACCGGCCGGCACUCGACAAUCUUUGGCGAGAAGAACCGAAUCAUCAAAAACUGUCUCGGCAGCAGCGACGGCGGUUCACGCCAUCUGGGCAGCGACGGGGAUAUCAAUCACAAUAAUGGCAGUACUCAUCAUCACCAUCAUCAUCAUCAUUACCAUCAGCACAGUAGCAGUAGUUUGCUAGCUUCGCUCUCGGGAAGUGGUCCUCCGGCCACGGGUUCAGCGGACACGGCAAACGUCAGUAUCUCGCGGGGCCCCUCACCGAUCGAACUGGUCUCAAACGGUCAUUCAGCGGCGGCGGCGGCGGUGGCGCCAGUUCCUAUCAAAACGGCAUAGGUGGAGUUCGGGAAUGUCCGCCAGAAGGACAAUUCCAAACCAUCCGCACUGCAUGCUGAGCGAGACACAGCUACCAAAUGCCAAAGAGAUUGUUAUCGUGAUUGAUGAGGGGCCUGAGUGACGUUGAUCGUAUCAGGUGUAACAUGUUGAUGGAAAGAGAAAAACAUAGAUUUUCAAAUUUAAUUCACAUUGACCUCUUUCCAUUGUACUCCCGCGGCCGAUACGGUCAACAUGGCUACGGUAGUCGCGAUCAUUGUUUCACUUAAUAUAUCCCCUUUUAACGUGCUAAUGCAUACCGCCACUAGACAGAGUAGAAAUUUAGAACACAUCACAAAGCAAGACGAUAGACGGAUCAAUGUGCAAUAAUAUCUAAGAUUAAAGUCGUUUCCGUGUGUGACGUCUCCCGAUCCUUGUGUAACCGUGGGAGGAAGAAAGGAUGGUAUAUAUUAGUAAAAACCAAAAUCGAAUAUGUCAUCGCAAGAAAGUAUUACACACACCUUGUAUUAGAGAUAGGUUAGAUGGUAAGGCUAUGCAAUUUUAAUGGCUUAAGUACCCGCCGGCUGAAAUGGGUGCUCCCGUACUGGUAAGGAUAAGUUCUAUUUUAAACAUUGGUUUUUCUUCUGUUCACUUA